AAAUUUCUUAACUUUUUUGUGUAUGGCUUAGAAGACAGAUUUCACUAAUGGUAGUGAUUUAGAUUUAAUUAAUAGUUGUCGAAAGACCAAAUUUCCCAGAAGAGGAAGUCAGAAUCUUAAAAUAUUGGGAAUAGAUCAAUGCUUUCCAUAAAUAAUUGGAAUUGACAAAAGAUUGUCCACGUUUUACAUUUUAUGAUGGACCACCUUUUGCUACUGGAUUACCUCAUUAUGGUCAUAUGUGUGCUGGUACAAUUAAAGUAUAAUUUUUUUAAUAAAAUUUAGGAUGUUGUGUGCAGAUAUUUUGCAAUGAAUGGAAGGUAUGUAGAGAGAAGAUUUGGAUGGGAUUGUCAUGGAUUACCAGUUGAACAUGAAAUUGAUAAAACUUUAAAUAUUUAACAUAGAGGUGAUAUUUUAAAGGUAUAAAAUUUAUAUUAUAUGGUUAGAUGGGUAUUGAUAAAUAUAAUCAUGAAUGCAGAUCAAUAGUUAUGAGAUAUGCAUCUGAAUGGAGAAGAAUAAUAGGAAGAACAGGAAGAUGGAUUGAUUUUGAUAAUGAUUAUAAAACAUUGGAUACAUCCUUUAUGGAAAGUGUCUGGUGGGUUUUCAAAUAAAUGUGGGAGAAAGGAUUAGUAUAUAGAGGAUGUAAAGUGAUGCCAUAUUCUAAUGGGUGUUCCACUGUUCUAAGCAAUUUCGAAACCUAAUAGAAUUAUAAAAAUGUCUGGGAUCCUGCUAUUGUUGUUACUUUUCCAUAAGUUAAUGAUGAGACAACUAAGUUUGUUGCUUGGACAACAACUCCAUGGACAUUACCUAGUAAUUUAGCUUUAGCUGUUCAUCCAGAUUUUGAUUAUGUUAAAUUACUUGAUAAAGCAUCUAAUACUCAUUACAUUUUAGCAGAAUCAAGAAUUGUUGAAUUGUAUAAUGAUGCUAAAUUGUAUGAAGUAGUGUAAAAAUUCAAGGGUUCUGAAUUAGUUGGUAUUGAAUAUGUUCCAUUAUUUAAUUAUUUCCCUGAAAGAAGAGAAUAAGGAUGUUAUAGAGUAUUAGCUGCCAAUUUUGUAACUAGUGAUGAUGGUACUGGUAUUGUACAUUGUGCACCUGGUUUUGGUGAUGAUGAUUACAAAGCAUGUUUAAAGGCUGGCAUUAUUACUCCAUCUGAUCCUUUAGUACCUAUUGAUUCAAGUGGAAGAUUUUUGGAAUCAGUAAAAGAUUUCUCAGGAAUGUAAGUGAAAGAAGCAGAUAAAGAAAUUAGAAAAACACUUAAAAAUAAUGGUAGAUUAAUAAAAGAUGGAUAAGUUCAACAUAAUUAUCCAUAUUGUUGGAGAUCUUAAACUCCAUUAAUUUAUAAAGCUGUUAAUUGUUGGUUUAUUAAAGUUACAGCAAUUAAGGAUAAACUUGUUGUUAACAAUAAAAAGGCUAGAUGGGUACCAUAAUCAAUUCAAGAUGGAAGAUUUAAUAAUUGGUUAGAUGAUGCAUAAGAUUGGUGUUUCAGUAGAAAUAGAUUUUGGGGUAAUCCUAUUCCAAUUUGGGUAAGUGAUGAUUUUGAAGAAAGUGUUUGUAUUGGUUCUAUUGAAGAAUUGAGAUAACUUUCUGGUGUUCAAAACAUAACAGAUCUUCAUAGAGAAUAUAUUGAUCAUAUUACAAUACCAAGCAAAUAAGGAAAAGGUGUAUUAAGAAGAAUUGAAGAAGUAUUUGAUUGUUGGUUUGAAAGUGGAUCUAUGCCUUUUGCUUAAUAACAUUAUCCAUUUGAAAGAAAAGAGUUAUUUGAAAAUAUAUUCCCAGCUGAUUUCAUUGCUGAAGGAUUAGAUUAAACAAGAGGUUGGUUCUAUACAUUGAAUGUUAUUGCAACAGCUUUACGUGAUGAUACUCCUUAUAAGAAUUUAAUUGUCAAUGGAAUUGUAUUAAAUGAAAAAGGUGAAAAGAUGUCAAAAAGUAAAAAGAAUUAUCCUGAUCCUGAAGUUGAAAUUAUUAAUUAAUAUGGUGCUGAUGCUAUGAGAUUGUACUUAAUUAAUAGUGGAUUAGUUAAAGCUCAACCAUUAAAUUUCAGCAAGGAUGGAGUUUAAGAAGUUAUUAAGAAUGUAUUUUUACCAUGGUACAAUGCUUAUAGAUUUUUGAUUUAAAAUUUACAAAGAUAUGAAAGUAUUUAAGGUAAGUUUUUAUUUGAUGAAAAUGCUAUAACAAAAGGUGAUAAUACUAUGGAUAAGUGGAUUGUAUCAAGUAGUCAAACAUUAGUUGAAUUUGUUAGAAAUGAAAUGGAAGCAUAUAGACUUUAUACUAUAGUACCUAGAUUAGUUAGUUAUUUAGAUACAUUGACUAAUUGGUAUGUAAGAUUGAAUAGAAGUAGAAUUAAGGGAGAUUAAGGACAUUAAGAAUGGGUUGUAAGUUUAAAUGUAUUAUUUGAUGUUCUAUUAAAAAUCACUCUUUUGAUGUCUCCAUAUGUUCCAUUCAUUACAGAAUCUUUCUAUUAAAAUCUUAAGAAAUGUAUUCCUUAAGGUAAAAUGAAUUAAGAAUCAAUUCAUUUUCUUUAAAUUCCUGAAGUCAGAAAAGAAUUGAUUGAUCCUAAAAUUGAAUCUUAAGUUGAAAAAAUGUAAAUUGUUGUUGAAUCUGCAAGAAAAUUAAGAGAAGCUCAUAAAUUAAGUUUAAAAUAACCAGUUAAUAGUUUAACAAUCUUGGCUACAGAUGAAUAAUUACUUUAAAGUGUUUAAUUCUUAUCUAAAUACAUAGAAGAGGAAAUCAACACUCCUUCUGUUUUAGUUGAAAAGAAUAUUGAAUAAUAUAUUUAAUUAAAGGCUGAACCUGAUAAUAAAAUUUGUGGAUAAGAAUUGAAAGAUAAAUUUGGACCAGAUCUAAUUUAAUAAGUUCGUAAUUUCACUUAAGAAUAAAUCCGUACACUUAAAACAGAAGGUAAAUUGUAACUCAAAGUAAAAGUUAAGAAAGAAAAAAAGGUUGAAGAAUAAGUUUAAUAAUAACCAGAUCCUAAAGCUAAAAAGGGUAAAAAGAAUGUUGAAUAUAUUGAAGUAGAAAUGGAUUGCGAAUUAUUAUUAAAACAUGUUAAAAUAACUGAUUAAUUUAAUACUGAAAAACAUAAAUAAUUAUUAUUUGCAACUGAAGAAGGAUUCUCUAUUAUUUUAGAUCCAUCAUAGACUCAAGAACUCAAAAAUCUUGGAUUGGCAAGAGAAUUCACAAAUAGAAUUUAAAAAUUAAGAAAGAAGCUUGGAUUAUAAUUAGAAGAUAAAAUCCUUAUCUUUUAUUAAUUUGAAGCUGAAUCUGAAUUAUCAAAUGCAGUUUAAUCUGGAAUUACAUGGAUCAAAAACUAAAUUAAGAAACCAAUAUACUCUUCAGAUUAAAAACAUUAAUUUUUAAAUGUAAUUGGUAAAGAGGAUACUGAUGUAGAUAACCAUAAAUUUAGUAUUGUGAUCACUAAAUAUUCUCCUAUUUUUAAUAAAUAAAAAUUAUUGGUAAGAAUUUAUUUUUAUAUUUUUAGGAAUCAUAUAAUGAAAAAGAAGUUGAUACAAUUAUAAGAACAUUAUUGAUAUUACCAAAUUUAUAAUAAAAUAUUGAAUUUACAAUGGAUGGUAAAAAAGUUACACUUGGCCCUGAACAUUACACAGUACCAUAAUGAGUAUUAUACAUCUAAAAAUUAUUAAUAUUUUG